AUGGCGAUCCAAAAGAAGCACGGCAAAGGCCGUCUCGACAAGUGGUACAAGCUUGCAAAGGAAAAGGGCUAUCGUGCUCGUGCUGCCUUUAAGCUUAUCCAACUCAACAAGAAAUAUGGCUUCCUCGAGAAGAGCAAAGUUCUCAUCGAUCUCUGCGCUGCGCCAGGUUCAUGGUGUCAAGUUGCAGCCGAAACGAUGCCGGUCAACAGUUUGAUUGUCGGUGUCGAUUUGUCCCCGAUCAAGCCUAUUCCCCGAGUCAUUACCUUCCAAGGCGAUAUUACGACAGACAAGUGCCGAGCGACUAUUCGACAGCAUCUCAAGACAUGGAAAGCCGAUACCGUUCUGCACGAUGGUGCUCCCAACGUUGGUACUGCCUGGAACCAGGAUUCGUUCAACCAGGCCGAACUAGUCCUACAAUCAAUGAAGCUCGCUACGGAAUUCUUGGUGGAGGGUGGUACUUUCGUCACCAAAGUUUUCCGUUCCAAGGACUACAACCCUCUUCUCUGGGUCUUCAACCAGCUCUUCACCAAAGUCGAGGCCACGAAGCCACCCUCCUCUCGAAACGUAUCCGCCGAAAUUUUCGUCGUCUGCAGAGGCUUCAAGGCACCCAAGCGCAUUGAUCCCCGCUUCCUUGACCCCCGAUCAGUCUUUGCCGAACUCUCCAACCCCACCCCCAACAAUGAGGCCAAGGUGUACAACCCCGAGACGAAGAAGCGAAAGCGAGAGGGUUACGAGGAGGGCGACUACACUCAGUUUAAGGAAGUGACCGCUAGUGAAUUCAUACAGACGACAGAUCCCCUAGCCAUCCUAGCCAAUUGCAACACGUUGAGUUUUGCACAACCCCCCAACGGCGACGUUGCCUUGGCAGCUUUGGAGAAGCUCCCCGAGACCACGGAGGACAUCCGGAACUGCUGUGCGGACCUUAAGGUCCUUGGCCGAAAGGAGUUCAAGCUGCUGCUCAAGUGGCGUCUUCGGGUCCGAGAAAUAUUUGGGUUGGCCACCAAGAAGACUGAGGAAACUACAGAAGAGGUCGCCGAGGUGGAGUCCAUGGACGAAGAGCUGAAGAUCCAAGAAGAGCUUCAGAAUCUCAAAGAUAAGGAGAGUGCAAAGAGGAAGCGAGAGAGGCGCAAGGAGAAUGAGCGAAAGCAAAAGGAGAUUGUCCGGAUGCAAAUGCACAUGACGGCGCCCAUGGAUAUCGGAAUGGAGCAAGAUAACCAGAUGGGAGAGGGUUCCAUGUUCAGGCUCAAGUCGAUAGAUGAGACGGACGCCCUAAGGCAUAUUGCCCGCGGAAAGAUGGCUACAUUCACCAAACCCGAGAAGAAACCCGAGCUCGACAGCGGUAUCGGCUCAUCCGACGAGGAAGACGAGACGGAGGAUCGUCUCGAGCAAGAGCUCGAUGCCAUGUACGAUCAGUAUAGGGAGCGAAAGUCUGACGCCGACCCUAAAUACCGUGCGAAGCGGUCCCGGGAGGAGUUUGACGAUGAGUGGGAGGGUCUAUCGGCUGUGGGUAGUGCGGACGAGGGAAGCGAUGAUUCCGAGCUCGAAGAAGAGAGUGGCGAUGAGAUGGGUGACGAUUCGGAGGGUAUUGGAAAGUCGCUGUUAAGAGACCUCGAUGAUGAGCCGGCGGAUAGUGCCCUGUCCAAGCGGGCGCGGAAUUUCUUCAACCAGGACAUCUUUAAAGAUGUCUUGGGCAUCCAAGAUGAUGAAGACACGGAAAUGACCGAGGCCCCCAAGAAGGAGAAGAAGACGAAGAAGGAGGAGGCUAAGAAGAAGAAGGCCGAAGCUGCCCCUUCUGCCAAGGAGACUACUAAAGCCAAAUCCCAAGCCGUUGAGUCUGAUUCCGAUUCGGAGAACAGCGAGGAGGAAGACACUUUCGAAGUUGUAAAGAAUAACAAGGAUGAUGACUGGGAAGAAGAAGACAAGCGUCGGUCAGAUGGCAAGAUCGACAUUGAUAUCGUGACUGCCGAAGCCAUGACGCUAGCCCAUGACCUUGCCACUGGCAAGAAGACGAAGAGCGAUCUCAUCGACGAAGGAUUCAACAAGUGGGCGUUCCGGGACCGCGACGGCCUUCCCGACUGGUUCCUCGACGACGAGGUUCGGCACGACAAGCCUCUCAAGCCCAUCACGAAGGAGGCGGCGGCAGCUAUCAAGCAGAAACUACGAGCACUGAACGCGCGACCGAUCAAGAAGGUGCAGGAGGCCAAGGCGAGGAAGAAGUUCAAGGCAGCGCAGAGGCUGGAGAAGCUGAAGAAGAAGUCGGAUCUCCUCAACGACGACGAGGGCAUGACGGAGAGGGAGAAGGCAGAUAGUAUCACGAAGCUGAUGGCUAAGGCUAACCAGAAGAAGCCGAGGAAGCCUGUCAAGGUCGUCGUGGCGAAGAAUGCGAAUAGGGGUAUUCAGGGUAGGCCGAAGGGUGUUAAGGGACGAUAUCGCAUGGUGGAUCCUCGUAUGAAGAAGGAGUUGAGGGCGCAGAAGAGGAUAGCCAAGAGGAAGUAA